AUGACGCCUAAUAAAAGAUAUGGACAUCAGGCUUUUGUAGUCAGAGCUGAUGUUUACAAUCUCAGUACCAAUUCUUGGAGGGACCUAGAUACUGUUCCGAUUAGAAUCGUAUCAUCCCAGUAUCGUAUCGAGAGGGCCGAGUCCUUGAACCAUGGUAGUAGGGGCGAGAAUAGUGUGACUGUCUUAGAAGAAUCCCUUACCCUUAUCUCUAGCAUAUCAGGAUAUCCCAAACUCUUUUCUCUGGCAUAUGAUUGUAAUACUUCAAUCGAGGUUUGGGUGAUGAAAGAAUAUGGUGUUGGGGACUCUUGGACCAAGAAAUUUUCCAUAGCACCUCUACCAGAAAUCAAUCGCCAAUUAUCCUUUUGGGACAAUGAUGAGGAGCCGUUUAUAGAAAUCAGGAAUGGAGAGUUGAUCUCGUGGUAUCUCCGCAAUGGCCAAGAGCUUCGGAAGUAUCAGAUGUACGAGCGACCAACUAACUAUGGGUUUCCAACUUACCUAAGCGUUGUAACUUAUACUGAGAGUUUGAUUAGUCUCAAUGCUGAAAGGAACCAUUGUCUAUUACUUCCUCCGUCCCAAAAAGUGUGA